CUAAGCAUUUCGCAUUAAUGACUUCAUUUAUCACUUGUGUCACAAGGCACAUGCUGUUAUCCUUAUCUUAUUCUGGAGGAAUUUGAGACAGUCUUGAAGGAAUUUGGCCAAGUUUAGAAAGCUGUUGAAAUGGCUCGGGUUAUGUAUGACUUUGCUGCUGAGCCUGGAAAUAAUGAACUGACGGUUAAUGAAGGAGAAAUCAUCACAAUUACAAAUCCGGAUGUUGGUGGAGGAUGGCUGGAAGGAAGAAACAGCAAAGGAGAACGCGGACUUGUUCCCACAGACUAUGUUGAAAUUUUGCCCAAUGAUGGAAAAGACCCAUUUUCUUGUGGAAAUUCAGUGGCUGACCAAGCCUUCCUUGAUUCUCUGUCAGCAAGUACAGCUCAAGCCAAUUCGUCAGCUGCCAACAGUAACAACCAGGUGGAUAUUUUGGCUCAGAUUGGUUGUAUUGAAAGUCUCAGCCAGUCACCACCUUCUUCACCUUCUCCUUCUCCCACCAUAAAUAAGGUCAGCAGCAGCAAUGACCCCUGGUCAGCCUGGAAUGCUUCCACAUCUGGAAACUGGGACAGCACUGAUGGGUGGGGAGCCAAGCCAGAGGGGGCCGCAGCGCAAAGAAACACCUCCAAUAACUGGGACACCGCCUUUGGUCACCCCCAGGCCUACCAAGGACCAGCAACUGGUGAUGACGACGAGUGGGACGAAGACUGGGACGACCCCAAGUCGGCUGCUCCUUACUUCAAGGAUUCAGAGUCAGCAGAAGCAGGGGGUGCUCAGCGGGGCAACAGCCGUGCCGGCUCCUCCUCCAUGAAGCUGCCGCUCAACAAGUUUCCUGGAUUUGCAAAACCUGGAAUGGAACAGUAUUUGUUGGCCAAGCAACUAGCAAAACCCAAAGAGAAAAUUCCUAUCAUUGUUGGAGAUUAUGGCCCAAUGUGGGUUUAUCCUACCUCUACAUUUGACUGUGUGGUAGCAGAUCCCAGGAAAGGCUCCAAAAUGUACGGUCUGAAGAGCUACAUUGAAUAUCAGUUAACACCUACGAACACUAAUCGAUCCGUAAACCACAGGUAUAAGCACUUUGACUGGUUAUAUGAACGUCUCCUGGUUAAGUUUGGGUCAGCCAUUCCAAUCCCUUCUCUUCCAGAUAAGCAAGUCACAGGUCGCUUUGAAGAAGAAUUUAUCAAAAUGCGCAUGGAGAGACUCCAGGCGUGGAUGACCAGGAUGUGUCGUCACCCAGUAAUCUCAGAAAGUGAGCUUUUCCAGCAAUUUCUAAAUUUCCGAGAUGAAAAGGAAUGGAAAAGUGGGAAGAGAAAGGCCGAGAAAGAUGAGCUGGUGGGAGUUAUGAUAUUUUCCACCAUGGAACCAGAAGCACCUGACUUGGACCUACUAGAAAUAGAACAGAAGUGCGAAGCUGUUGGUAAAUUCACCAAAGCCAUGGACGACGGCGUGAAGGAGCUGCUGACCGUGGGGCAGGAGCACUGGAAGCGGUGCACAGGGCCAUUACCCAAGGAAUAUCAGAAGAUAGGAAAAGCCUUGCAGAGUUUAGCAACAGUGUUUAGUUCCAGUGGUUAUCAAGGCGAAACGGAUCUCAACGCUGCCAUCACCGAAGCAGGAAAGACUUACGAAGAAAUUGCUGGUCUUGUGGCAGAGCAGCCAAAGAAAGAUCUUCAUUUCCUCAUGGAAUGUAAUCAUGAAUAUAAAGGCUUCCUUGGCUGCUUCCCUGAUAUUAUCGGCGCCCACAAGGGAGCAAUAGAAAAAGUGAAAGAAAGUGAUAAACUGGUUGCAACUAGUAAAAUCACCCCCCAGGACAAACAGAACAUGGUGAAGCGGGUUGGCACUAUGUCUUAUGCGUUGCAAGCUGAGAUGAAUCACUUCCAUAGCAACCGGAUCUAUGACUACAACAGUGUCAUCCGCCUGUACCUGGAGCAACAAGUGCAGUUCUAUGAAACAAUUGCAGAAAAGCUGAGGCAGGCCCUCGGCCGCUUCCCAGUCAUGUAGACCAGAACAGAAAAUGACGAGAACUCCGAAGUGCUUCUUUCUGACUUUGGGCAAUGCAAUUUAAUCUUUUUCCCCCUCUUCUGCAAAAACAAAAAGGAAAGAACGAACGAAAACCAAAAAAGAAACAGAGUUGCAAAAAACUGCAUCUAUUUUAUUAACAAACCUAAAUGAACACAUCGGUUACUUAGGGACAGUUGUCUCUGGUUCAUUUCCACAUCCCUUAUUUAAAACAAUGGAAAUUGUCUCUAUUUUUGGAAAGUACUUAAAGUUAUCAGAAUUUUGAAUGGAAAAUUAGGGGUUUCCCCCACUGGUAUUUUACAUAAAAUUGUGAUUUUUACAUCAUCCGUGAUCUUCUGGUUCUUACCCAAUGUCAGAUGAUUACUAAUUGCUUUCUUAAAAAUAUGAAAUAUGCCGGGAUAAAAAAUAUAUAUGUUUGUAUAUUUUUAUAACUCUUUUCAGUCCUGUGGGACACCUGUCUACUUAGGAAAAUCUACAUGCCUUUCACGGACAUACUUAUGACUCCAGUGCUUACGUUUCCAGGAGAGAGGAAACCAAGAGAGGGGCUCCUGGGGCCGCUCCUCACCGGCAGCGGCUCACAGUCACUGUCCCCCUUCCCCCAGGAACAUUGCUGAGCGUCCCCUUCUGUGCAGAGGGCUUGCUCCUUGGCACCCCCUUCCCGGGCUUAGUUCUGGCCAGAAGGAAUAUACUGGAGAAGUAGGGCUCUGACUCUGCUCCCAGGGCUGGGCUGACCCUGGUGCUCGGGAAGGAGUGGUCCCCGGGACAAAUGUGCUCCCCGCAGCUCUCACCUCGAAGGGGAGUCUCAGUCUAUCCAGUCAGACGUGAUGAGAAAUGGGUGUGAGAGCGUAAUUUGCCCCUCGCUUCAGAAGGGAGACCAGCGGGCCAGGGCUAUUAUCUGAAAAGAUGAAAAACCCAGCUCAGUAGACCUCUCCGUCCCACCAAAUGGAAAAGUUUAGGGACUGAUAUAAGGGUGACAACCUGAAUAAUGCACAGUGAUCCCUAGAGCUUUUAUGUUCAAGAAGUACGGAGUGAUGUUCCUCGUGACUGCACCCUAAACGUCAGAGUUGUCCUGACCACUAGGACUCCAGUAAAUGGCAAAAAGCCAGACACCAUCUUCACAGACUGUCCGCUUUCCAUCUGAACACGCGCUAUCUUGCCUGCUGGCGAGCGUGUCCGUCCACAGUUGCCUUACGACAGUACCCACUGCUUUCAUUUUCCUGACCUACCAAUUAUAGUAUAGAAAAUGGAAAGUUUGGGCCCACACAAUGAAACCAAAAAAUAAGUAGAAGAGGAAAUCAGACGAACAUGAAUAUGAGAAUUUCUUGUUCUUUAAUAUCACGGGUUUUGUUGACGUUUUAUAAGUAAUUUUCCCUACUUGAUUUUUCUUUUAUAAAAUCUCAUAGAACAAUGUUUAUGAUACAGCCAUUUAAUAUAUGUACAAAUUGUAAAGAAUAUGUAUAAAUGUUUUACACAAAUGUAAGAGCAUGUAGAAGCCAACAUAUAAAUAAAUUGUUAAAAAACUGUACAGUAAAUUCUGAAAGCACUUUUUCAAAACA